GACCCAGCUAGCAGCGAUUUCUGCCGCCCGGCGGUCUCAGGCUGCAGGCCGCGCCCAGGCUGAGCCCCCGCUGUCGCGCAGCCCGCCCGAGCGCUCCCUUCCAGCAUGCUGUGGAGGGGCAGCCAGGCGCUCCGGCGCUUCUCCACCGGCCAGGUUAAUUUCAAAAACAAGCUGAAGUUGGCCCUUAUUGGUCAGAGCCUCUUUGGACAGGAAGUCUACAGCCAGCUCUGCAAAGAGGGCCACCGAGUUGUAGGCGUGUUCACAGUGCCAGACAAGGAUGGAAAAGCUGACCCGCUGGCUCUAGCUGCAGAGAAAGACGGGACCCCUGUGUUCAAGUUCCCCAGAUGGAGAGUCAAGGGCAAGACCAUAAAGGAGGUGGCAGAGGCCUACGAAUCUGUGGGAGCUGAGCUAAACGUGCUUCCCUUCUGCACACAGUUUAUCCCCAUGGAUAUAAUUGACAGCCCAAAGCACGGCUCCAUCAUAUAUCACCCCUCGCUCCUUCCAAGUCACAGAGGAGCCUCUGCCAUCAACUGGACUCUAAUUAUGGGAGAUAAGAAAGCUGGGUUUUCUGUUUUCUGGGCUGAUGAUGGUUUAGACACAGGACCCAUCCUUCUUCAGAGGUCAUGUGAUGUCGAACCCAAUGAUACAGUGGAUGCACUUUAUAAUCGGUUUCUCUUUCCUGAAGGAAUCAAGGCCAUGGUGGAAGCUGUCCAACUCAUAGCUGAUGGUAAAGCUCCUCGGAUUCCCCAGCCAGAAGAAGGGGCAACAUAUGAAGGUAUCCAGAAAAAGAAAAAUGCUGAGAUUCCUUGGGAUCAGUCGGCCGAAGUUUUACAUAACUGGAUCCGAGGUCAUGAUAAAGUCCCCGGAGCUUGGACAGAGAUAAAUGGACAGAUGGUCACGUUCUAUGGCUCAUCAUUACUGAAAAAGUCUGUGCCUCCUGGAGAGCCACUGGAAAUUAAAGGUGCCAAGAAGCCUGGUCUUGUUACCAAAAAUGGACUUGUUCUUUUUGGUAAUGAUGGAAAAGCACUGAUGGUGAGAAAUCUGCAGUUUGAAGAUGGAAGAAUGAUCCCUGCUUCUCAGUACUUUUCAGCCGGGGAGACGUCGGUGGUAGAACUUACAGCCGAAGAGGUGAAGGUGGCAGGGACCAUCAAGGUCAUCUGGGCUGGAAUUUUAAGCAAUGUCCCUGUUAUUGAAGACUCAACAGACUUCUUUAAAUCUGGAGCCAGCUCAAUGGAUGUUGUCAGGCUGGUUGAAGAGAUCAGACAGAAGUGUGGUGGGCUUCAGCUACAGAAUGAAGAUGUCUACAUGGCCACCAAGUUUGAAGACUUCAUCCAAAGAAUUGUGAGGAAACUGAGAGGAGAAGAUCAAGAAGCAGAGCUAGUCGUGGAUUAUGUUUCGAAGGAGGUCAAUGAAAUGACAGUGAAAAUGCCAUAUCAGUGUUUCAUAAAUGGACAGUUCACAGAUGCUGACGAUGGAAAGACCUAUGAAACUAUCAACCCAACAGACGGAUCUACAAUAUGCAAAGUAUCCUAUGCUUCUUUGGUGGAUGUUGAUAAAGCAGUAGCUGCAGCAAAAGAUGCCUUUGAAAAAGGUGAAUGGGGAAGAAUGAAUGCAAGAGAAAGAGGAAGAUUGAUGUACAGACUUGCAGACCUACUGGAAGAGAACCAAGAAGAGUUGGCAACUAUUGAAGCCCUUGAUUCAGGUGCUGUCUACACCCUAGCUCUGAAGACUCACAUCGGAAUGUCUGUGCAAACAUUCAGAUACUUUGCUGGCUGGUGUGACAAAAUUCAGGGUUCUACCAUUCCCAUCAACCAGGCCCGUCCAAAUCGCAAUCUGACCUUCACCAAGAAGGAGCCACUUGGUGUCUGCGCCAUUAUCAUCCCCUGGAAUUACCCGCUGAUGAUGCUGGCAUGGAAGAGCGCUGCGUGCUUGGCGGCGGGCAAUACCCUAGUGCUCAAGCCAGCGCAGGUCACACCCUUGACUGCUUUGAAGUUUGCUGAGCUCUCUGUGAAAGCAGGCUUUCCGAAGGGGGUCAUCAACAUCAUUCCAGGCUCAGGUGGCCUAGCAGGGCAACGCCUUUCUGAACAUCCUGAUAUCCGCAAACUUGGUUUCACCGGGUCCACUGCUAUUGGCAAACAGAUCAUGAAGAGCUGUGCUGUGAGCAACUUGAAGAAAGUUUCCCUUGAACUUGGUGGCAAAUCCCCACUUAUAAUAUUCAAUGACUGUGAGCUUGACAAGGCCGUGAGAAUGGGCAUGGGGGCAGUAUUUUUCAACAAAGGAGAGAAUUGCAUUGCAGCCGGACGGUUGUUUGUGGAAGAAUCCAUCCACGAUGAAUUUGUGACGAGAGUGGUGGAAGAAAUUAAAAAGAUGAAAAUUGGUGAUCCACUUGACAGAUCUACUGAUCACGGGCCCCAAAAUCAUCAGGCCCAUCUGGAAAAGCUUCUGCAGUACUGUGAAGCUGGAGUUAAAGAGGGGGCCACCUUGGUGUAUGGGGGAAGACAAGUGCACAGGCCAGGCUUUUUUAUGGAACCAACUGUUUUCACAGAUGUGGAAGACCACAUGUAUCUUGCCAAAGAGGAAUCAUUUGGGCCUAUUAUGGUCAUUUCUAAAUUCCAAAAUGGGGACAUCGAUGGAGUGUUGCAGCGAGCAAAUAAUACAGAGUACGGUCUGGCCUCGGGGGUUUUUACAAGAGACAUAAGUAAAGCCAUGUAUGUGAGCGAAAAACUAGAAGCAGGAACUGUGUUUGUUAACACGUACAACAAGACAGAUGUGGCAGCCCCUUUCGGGGGAGUGAAACAGUCUGGCUUUGGGAAAGACUUAGGGGAGGAAGCUUUAAACGAGUACCUUAAAACCAAGACAGUGACGCUGGAAUACUAGAGCGGGGCCAUCAUCGGGAACCCUCAGCAGACGACACCGCUCCUGAUCCCUCAACACACUUCAGAAGCCUGGGUGUGCUGAGGGAAAAGGUACCAGCCACGAGCCAAAAAACGCACACAUGGACCAUAAACAGAGU